CCAUUAAUCCUGUUACUAUCUUGUCGCCGCUCCAGCAUGGCGAUUUAAACGCUCACUCCUCUCUCUCUCUCUCUCCUCCUGGCUAACUGGAGAUGUCCUCGGGACGCACAGCGCACAAGCUGAGCACUGGCAUGCUCGUCUCCGGUUUGCCGCCGGGGGAGGCGAAGACCCGGGCUCCGACGAUGUCAUCCGCGGCGGCUCCGUAUACGGGCGGCGGCGUUCGCUUAUCCGGUGAACUCGCCCGGAUGUUCGACAUCCCCAUCGACCGCCCCUCCGCUUCAAAGAGCUCCAACUCCGGCCCCAUGGCUCGAAUAUCCGGCCCGUCAUCGACAAAGAUUACCUCCGGCCCGCUUCUUUCGCCGACAGGCCUCAUCACUUCCGGCCCAAUCGGCGAGUUUUCGCCGGUGCCGUCGGCGAACAAAAAGAAGGUUAGUCCAGGGUUGACGGUGCUGGAGAGCGAGAUUAAUUUUUCGUUCUGGUUGCCGAAAGUGUGGCUUGCAGUGAGUGCAGUAGCGUUUGCGGUUGCGAUUGGGGUUGCUGGGUUUGUGUGGGCGGCGAUUGGUCGGCCGCAGAUUUUUCUGUCAUUUGCGGGGCUUGCAGUGGUGGUUGGGGUUUUGGCCCUGUGGAAUUGGGCGAGGGGAAGGAGAGAGCUGGAGAGGUACUUCAGGGCUUACCCGGACACUUCCAUUAAUCCAAGGAACCUGCCCAUUAGUAAACUUGUUAAGAUCACCGGGCUUGUCACCUGCGGCAAUACUUCUCUAGACACAUCCUAUCAGAAUGUACCCAGAUGUGCUUAUACCUCCAUUGAAUUGCAUGAACGCAAACCAUGGAACUUGUCUAUAGCUUCUUACACGGCACAUUCAUGGACUUUGAGACACUCUGAGAGGUACGUGGCGGACUUUUAUGUAUCUGAUCUGAAUUCUGGGACAAGGGUCCUCGUAAGAGCUGGAAAUGGAGCUAAAGUGGUUUCUUUUGUCAAACCUGCAACAACUUUGCUCGUGUCAAUAAAAAACAAAGAGCAGUUUCCCUCCCUUUUGAGAUGGCUGCAAAAUCACAGUAUUCCUACUGAUGACCUCGAAAUGCGAUUUGAAGAAGGGUAUAUCAGAGAGGGAAGCACUGUGAGUGUUCUAGGUACUCUCAAAACACAUGAAAACUUAAUCAUAAUCGAUCCACCGGAUGAAGCUUCGUCGACUGGUUGGCAAUGGAUGAGAUGCUUUUUACCAAUGCACGUUGAUGGCCUCAUCCUCAUAGGAGAUGAAACUCCAUUGGAGGAGCUAUGCCAUGUAUAGCUAUAUUAUUUUUGGCAGAUCUAAUGGUGACAGAAAGGUGGAUGUACAUACUCUUUGCUUCUUGCAGGCUUGUUCUUCAUUCUACUUGAAUGCGAUGGAAGAUGUGAGCAGGAAUGAAAGUUGCAUAUUGGUUAGCUAUUGAUAUCUUUAUUACAUUUGUAUGUUCUUUUUUGUGUUUUUUUGUUCUGAAAUAAGUGCUAGUCUGGGAGCUAAAAUCCCAGAAAAGCUGUGGUGGGUUAUAGUUUAUGAAGGAAGAAGGUACUUAUUCGCAUUCAUAGUGGUGAAGAUUGUAUUUAUUUGGAAUUGCAUAUAGAGCAGAAAUGUACAUAAAUGAAUGUCUUUAUAGUUUGAUUUUAAUGGUGUUGUUUUGCAAUUAUGACU